AUGGCAUUUGCCGGUUUAGCAGAUCUGCGUCUCUUCGACAACGUCUCACAAUAUAUAAACGCGUUGGCCGGAGAGUUUUCACCCGACACCACUCAUUUGCACGAUCAUAAUUGCAAGUGUUCAAUUGUUGAUCGACUCUGGUGCGACUAUUUUGGAAUGGGCACGUGCAUCAGCCGUGAGGCACGCGCAAGGAGAAAAGAACGGAAAAGAAAUAACAAACGAUUACGGGAGGCUCGAAACGCAUCAUCACCACGUGAUCAUUAUAACAUAUCAAAUGGCGGAAGAUAUGGGCAUAGAAGUCGAUCAGAAGGUGGAAAUGGAGAUGUUCGAGACGAUAUAAAGGAAUUGAUUAUUGAAACAUUGGAAGUUAUUCGCACGUUAGUCAAUAAUGAACAAGAGCCGCCGCAAUCAUUACUCAAACUGAAUUUUAUUGCCGAUGAGGAGAAAGGAUGGAUGCUGGUUGUGAAAGCGUUGAUUUAUACAAUCCCCGAAAACGAUCCUCUCGGCCCUGCAGUAAUAUCAUUAUUCCUCGACGAAUGUCCACUCCCCUCCAAAGAAUCCGUUCAAACUCUUCUUAACUCUCUGGGUCUCUCAGAUGAUUUUGUUGAAUCGAAGCAUCUUCCUCCGUCAUGGCACAAAAAUAUGUGUAUUGUACUCGGAUCGCUAGCCGAGAAAAUGGCCGGAACUGCCGCAGUCACCAUAUUUAAUAACAAUAUUCGUGGAUAUCUGAUGAAAAUGAUUAGUUACGGACUGACAUAUUUCCCGCCGGCGUAUGGAAAAUCGCUGAAAGAAAAGAACACGCAUAGUGUCAGAAUGUUCGCUCUGUUGGCGUUGGAGAAGUUUGCUCAAACGAGGGAAAACCAGAUAACAAUCAGCAAAAUGUUUUCGGAUAAUUCGGGUAGUCAUCCACUGUUAAAAAUGGAAGAAUACUUGAAAAACGAGGAUGUCGUGAGAUAUUGGAAUGCGAAACAAGAGGGAUUCUGUGCUCAAUGGGCAUUGGAUAAUAUAUUCAUUCUCCCCAACCGCCCGUACUCUUACGAAACGUGUGAGACUUCUCAAAUCAACGCAAUGCUCAAUCAUGAAGACGUCAGUGAAUAUCUGAAAAUCGGGCCAGAUGGUCUCGAGGCGCGUUGCGAUGUCUCCUCAUUCGAAUCGGUUCGGUGCACAUUCGAAGUGAUGGACGGUGUAUGGUAUUACGAGGCGACGGUCCUGACUUCCGGUGUGAUGCAAAUCGGUCUCGCCACGAAAAGAUCUCGUUUCUUGAAUCACGAGGGUUACGGUAUUGGAGAUGACGCCUCGUCGGUUGCAUAUGAUGGAUGUCGUCAACUGGUUUGGUAUAAUGCAAAAAGCCAGAAACACGAACAUGACAACUGGCAACCAGGAGACGUUAUAGGAGUUCUUCUCAAUAUUCCAUCCGGAGAAGUGGUUUUCUUCUUGAAUGGAAUUCCAUUGAGAGAACCGAAUACCGAGUUUUUGAGUAACCGACAGCCUGCGGAAGGUGUCUUCGCUGCCGCCAGUUUCAUGUCAUUCCAACAGUGUCGAUUCAACUUUGGAGCGAGUCGAUUCAAAUUCAAUCCUGGAAGAACGUUCAGACAUUUCAAUGAAUUCGGUCGACUCACCACUGCUCAGAGAACUAUAAUUCCGAGACGAGUCAGACUGGAGCAGUUGGAAAAAGAGCAUAUUCCUGAUGAUUAUUGUACAAUUUGUUUUGCGGCACCAGCGAGUACACAGUUGGAACCUUGCAAUCAUGAUGGUUUCUGCUCUGACUGCUGUAACAUGAUGGAUCACUGUCCGCUGUGCCGUACGCCAAUUCAAGAUCGAAUUCAAAAAUUCAACAAUAACACAAAGUUCGAUACUGUCAAAUCACCAUCGCACUCCUCGAUUUCCGCUUUUCAGCGUGUGAACAGUCAGAGAAGAAGUAUUCGAGCAACAUCGGCGAUAACCAAUUCAAGUAGUGGAGGGGAUACGACAAUUCGCUCAACUCCGCCGAAAGAUUCCAACUCAACAUCGUCCUCUGCUAUUGCCAGGCGGCAUACUCAAGUUUAA